GAAGCGAAUGGGUCAGCCAAGUGCCACCCGCGGGUUUGAACUGCGGCCAUGUUGCGGCUGGCUGCGCGGAUCGGGAGGCACCUAAUGCCGCCGCCAGCCAUGGAACCAGCCCUGGCAGGGCCUGGAUGCCAACAGCAACAGCGCAUCACCUCAGUGCUGGAGCUGGGGGCACAAAGGGCCUUGGCGGCGUCCCGCCAACAUCUGGGCGCCGCGGCCCUGCAGGCGGCAGAGGCACUGGAGGCAGCGCAGGAGGUCUUUGGCAUUUGGAUCCUGAACCGCCAGAAGAGGAUCUUCCGCGGCACCCACGGGAACCUGAACCCCUCCUUGUGGCGCUGGUACCACCGGCACGGAUAUUGGGCCACCCGCCGCAAGAUGAUCGACUUUGGGACCAAGAGGAUCCAUCGCUACCACCAGGUGGAGGGCUUCGGCAAGCGCAACGGCCGCUACAUGAAGAAGUUCGCAAGCUGGUGGUGCGACUCCUCCUACUUCAAGCCGCUGAAGAACUACUGCCGCUUCUGAGUGUAGCCCAAACACCGCCCUCCAACACUCUUUGGCGGUCCA